AUGAAUGUUCCACCUCAAGUGAUCGAAGGUGACGUCUUAUCAUCAGACGAGGGCGGCGGGAGUUCGGAGUCACGUGCGGACAGCAGCGAGGACGAGGUGACCGAGCACGUGCCGAGAUCCGCGCCCCCCGACAACAUGGCGGCCGCCAGGGCGCAGGUGCCUACAAUAAGCGUGACGCCGCACAGUCCUGGCGUCCUGGAUGACAGCUUGCAGCAAUUACGAAGGCUGAACGCUGCCGUACAGCGUAUGAGAGCGGCACCUUUGCCGUUAUUGGCCACCGGUAGUAGCCGUCUCAGCACAUCGUGCCCGUCGCUUUGCAAAGAUGGCACCGUGGAACCGGAAUGCUCUUCACCCACCCACCUCGACUUCUACCCGCAGAGUCGGAAAGGUAGCGGCGACGGGCGGCAGUGGGGCGGCUGGGGCGGCUGGGGCGCGUGGGGCGCGUGGGAGCGGCGCGACGAGGCGCGGCGCAGCAGCUGGGCCGCGCUCGAGCCCGGCGCCCGCGCACCCGACGCCAGGCGCCAGAGAAGUACGCUCAAUGGACACAGCGCUUCAUUAUCGUCUAUGGAAUCUGAGAGUGAAGUCCCGCGGCCAGUUCGACACUCCACACAUUCUCUCAACGAUAAUGAUUUAGCUAAGGACUUCGAGAAGGUGACGGCGGCGCUGCGCGCGGCGGGCGCGGGCGCGGGCGCGGGGCCGGGUGCGGGUGCGGGGGCGGGCGGGGGCGGCGCGCGGCUGGCCGCCCGGCUGCCGCUGCAGAAGUCGGUGUCCACGCCCAGCAUCGUCGCCGCCGUGCAGCCGCCGCAGCCCGCGCCGCAGACCAACGCCUUGUCGACCGGUGGUGCGAGCGAGACGGAGAGCGACGAAGACUUAUCAGUUCCCACCGAAGGCACGAUCAACCAACUGCCCGGCAGAAGGAACAACACGCAUCAAGAACACCUCGGACUGGACCGUCUGACCUUUUUAGAGCAUGCUGCCUUCGACCAUCACGCUGAGAAAAGGCGAAAGAGGGGCAGUUUGUUCUUCAGAAAGAAGAAGGACAAGGCGCGCAAGGCGGCGCACGCGUGGGCGGCGGCGGGCGCGGGCGCGCACUGCGACUGGUGCGCGCGCGCCAUCGCCGACAAGCCCGCGCUCUACUGCGACAAUUGUACCAUGACAGUUCACCAAAAUAUCUGUAAAGAUUAUAUAGUGGAAUGCAAUAAACCAAAAUCUUCAAAGACUUCUGUCGGCAAAUCGCUAAGCACAAAUAGCGGCAAAAGUAGCAAACGUAGCUCCCUCUCCGGUCAGUCGCAAAAUGCCAAUAGCAAGAAGCAGACGUCGGGGUGCUACUCGCCGUGGCGGCGCGUCGCGACCAAGCUCGGCGUGCACACGAGUGUGUACAACGAUGAAAAGGACGGCUCAGAUCAUAAACACGACCAGAGCAACGCUUCGGACGAGGCGGGCGCGAGCGAGUGCUUGGAGGCUGCGCUGACGGCGGACCAGCUGGGCGAGGAGGCGGCGGCGCUGGGGCUGGGCGCCAUCGAGCCCGACACCUGGGCCGCCGGCGCGCCCAAGGGACUCGCCAAGUCACUCGGCGAAAGGGAAACAAAGCGUCAAGAGCACAUUUACGAGUUGAUUUUGACGGAGAAACAUCAUUGUCUCACGAUACGACUUAUGCAAAAGAUGUUCGCGGAGGGCAUGGUGCGCGUGGGGUGCGCGAGCGCGGCGCAGGUGGCGCGCAUGUUCCCGCGGCUGGACGAGCUGUGGGCGCUGCACGGCGCGCUGCUGGCCCGCCUGCGCGCCCGCCAGCGCGCGCAGCCGCACGUGCGCAGCGUGGCCGACAUCCUGGCCGACGCCUUCGCGCCGCCCGCGCACCACCGCCUCAAGGCUGCCUACGGCGAAUUCUGUUCAAGACAUCGGGAAGCUGUAGAAGUGUUCAAAGAGUGCUGCACGAGGGAGCCACGGCUGGCUCGCUUCAUUCGCAAGUGCCAACAAAAUCCGCUUCUUAGAAAAAAGGGUGUACCAGAAUGCGUGCUGUUCGUAGCACAGAGGCUGACAAAAUAUCCACUGCUAUUGGAGCCGUUAUUGAAGACUGCUGGUGAUGACGUCACCGAACGGGAAUUGUUACAAAAGGCGUUAUGUGGCGUCAAGGAAAUAUUAGUAGAUGUUGACAACCAAGUUGCUGCCAAAGAACGUGAAGAUAGGAAAUUGGAGAUUUAUCAUCGCAUCGAUGCCAAAUCUUUCGCCAAUUUCCGCGGACGAAAGUUCAAGAAAAGUGAUAUAUUGCAAGGCAAUAGAAGUUUGAAAUUUGAAGGCGUCGCGACAUUGAUGCAGGGCCGCAGUAAGAUGCAAACAAUUUUUGUGAUCGUGCUCACUGAUGUGCUGUUCUUUCUACACGACAAUAACAAUAAAUACACGUUUUUUACGCCCGAGAAUAAGGCGGGCGUGGUGUCGCUGUGGAAGCUGCUGGUGCGCGAGAAGGCGGGCGCCGAGGGCCGCGGUCUGUACCUCAUCUGCAGCGGGCCCGCCGACCCUGAGAUGUUCGAGCUGCGGGUCCACCGCCCCAAGGACAUCGCCGCCUGGAUACACGCCAUCAGAGCCGCAGUACAAAGUUGCCCAGAAGAAGUGGAAGAGUCCGAAGCGGGAGCGCUCGCGACUUCCGCUGAAGAAAGACAGCGACAGUUGGAAGCGCGCCAUGAGAAUAUAAGACUGAUUACAGAGGCAUUACGACUUAAGGACAGAGAACACGCUGUUCUGCUAGAAGAGAAGAUGGCGUUACACAUGAAAAUGGUUGGCCAUACCGGUUCCUCUACGUUGGACGUACCACAUACGGGCAUAACUUCGGUGUUUCCAGGCGGAUUAGUAUUUCCUGAUUAUGUCCGUCUGGCUGUUCCUUCACCCGAUACGCAUGCUCUGUGGCAGGAAGUCUGCAGGGUUGUUAGGGAAGCCCUAGAGGCAUCUAGCGGCAGUUGGGGCGGAGGCAUCUCGCUGGGGCGCAGCACCAGCUCGGCGGGCGAGCGGCACUCCGUCGCGUACCAGAGCCCUGCGCUUCCGCGCCGGGCCGACACCUUUGCCGGCUUCGACGCAGCGCGCCACAGAGGAGUAGCCGUUCGCUUGUCGACUGACACACCCACCGAACCUAACACGGGAGCUGGGACCACUGGCCCCGAGGCAGCAACCGAAAAUGAACCCGAAGUCCAAAAUCCCAGCGAAGUUACGGAGCCUCGUUUGCACGAACAAAUCGGUGCAGAUGCGGCUUUAAAAUUACAGCAUGCUAUAUACACGCUUACUUGUAUCGUCUGGCAGCAACUUACAUCAAUACAUAGCUUGGAGGCGCAGGUGUGCGCGUGGCGGUCGAGCGGCGGCAGCGCGGCGCGCACGCACGACGCGCAGCUGGAGGAGCUGCGGCACGCGCAGGCGCGCCUCACGGCCGAGCGCGCCGCCUGGGAGGCACAGCGCGCAGCCGACCGGGCCGCCGUCGCGGACGAAAGACGGCAGCUUCAACUAGCAAGACAAGAAUUAGAAGAACAACAAAAAGACGUGGAACAACAAAGAGAAAGGCUCUACCGCCGCUUGGAGAGGUUGCAACAACAUGGGGGUUCACAAGAAGAAAUAGCAAGUGUCGGCACGCUUUCACCGGAUUCAAGUGUUAGUGACACCACGCGGCGGAAAGAACCAAAAUGGCGAAACAACCGCGGGUCGACGGGGUCGGAGUCGUCGGUGUCUGCGUGCAGCGUGAAGCUGCCGCCGCCGCAGCUGCUGUCCGCGCAGAACGAGAGCAAGGCCACGGUGCGCGCGCCCGCCAUCACGCAAAUGGUGAAGCAACAGUUGCCGUUAAAACUAGCGAGUGGCAAAAACCAGCAGCCACCGCCCGGUUACCAUAGGUUACACGAGUCGCCUAGUGAGCAAAUCCAAGGCUUAGUGAUACACCACACCCGUACAGGGAGCUCCCCCGCACCACUACCAUCACAGCAACAACUAAAUAAUAAAGCUACUAGAACCAACACGUAUCCGAAGCUGCCGGACAAGUUCCGGGUGCAGUCCCCAUCACCGGCGCCGCUGCCCGCGCCGCUGCCCGCGCCGCUGCCCGCCGCCCUGCCCGCCGCGCCGCCCGAGGAGGAGGUUAUCUACUUCUGA